AUGGGAUUACUUGAUAUAAUACGAAAUCUUCGUCCCACAAAACAAAAUGAACUACGUAUAUUACUUCUAGGUCUUGAUAAUGCUGGCAAAACAACAUUACUUAAAGUUCUUGCUUCAGAAGAUAUUACAAAUAUAACACCAACACAAGGUUUUAAUAUUAAAAGUGUGCAAUCAACUGGAUUUAAACUUAAUGUUUGGGAUAUUGGUGGUCAAAGAAAAAUACGUCCAUAUUGGAGAAAUUAUUUUGAAAAUACAGAUGUUUUAAUUUAUGUUAUUGAUAGUUCUGAUCGAAAACGUUUUGAUGAAACAAAUCAAGAAUUAUUUGAAUUAUUAGAAGAAGAAAAAUUACAUGAUGUACCAUUACUUGUUUUUGCUAAUAAACAAGAUUUAUUAAAUGCUGCUAAAGCAUCAGAUAUAACUGAUGGUUUAUCAUUACAUCAAAUUCGAGAUCGACCAUGGCAAAUUCAAGGUUGUUCAGCUUAUACAAAAGAAGGUGUUAAAGAAGGUCUUGAAUGGGUAUCAAAAACAGUUACUAAAAAUAAAAAAUAG